CUUAAAAAUACUAGCAAUUAUUGACAAACAAGUAUAAAAAAAACAUCAAUUAUAUAAAAAAAAAACUCAAUAGAGUGUUAUAUAAUAAAUAUAAGAAAAAUGGGAACAGAUUGGGCGCCAUCAGUGAUCGCUGUUGGAUUGUUCAUAUUAUUAUCGCCAGGAUUGUUAUUCCAGUUGCCAUCAAGAACAAGAUUUUGCGAAUUCGGAAAUAUGUACACAAGCGGCAUUGCAGUACUUGUUCAUGCCAUAUUGUACUUUUGUAUAUUUACACUUUUAACUGUCGCCUUUAAUCUUCACAUAUGGUCCGAUUUUUCAUUCCCUCCUAUUAAGAUUUAGUAUGUAUAUUUUUUAUUUUGUUUAUUUUUCAUAUACUACUAUGAUUCAUAGGUAAUUGUUAAAAGUGUUUAAUUAUGUUUUAUGAAUUAGUGUUGAUUAUGUUUGUACUCCUAUAAGCUUCAUUUGGGAUUUUUGAAAUGGUGGUUUUAUUGGAUUUUGAUUUAAUUAUUUAUAGGUAGUAAGUGAAUUUUUACUUAUUAAUAUUAUCCCCUAUAAGUUUUACAAA